UUGGCGGUCCUCGGGGUCAGGAGGCAGAGAGCGCAGAGUCGGCAUUGAGGUGACAGACAGAGAAAGCGCGGGAAGAGACUUUGUCCCCAGUGACUAGAGGCGGUUCUAUAGUCGGGCACAUCGCCGCUUGCGGGGCCGGUCUGGAGACGUUGGUGCCCGGUCCGUUCGGGACGCUCGGCUGUCCCCUCUCUGCCCCGGCUUGUGGCUCGGGUGGCGGCGGCGGCGGCGGCGGCGGCACCGAGGGACCCGCCUCAGGUUUCCAUGGCUGCAGAAGUGCUUUUGGAACCUAGUCAGGGAAGUGUGACCUUUGAGGAUGUGGCCCUGUAUUUCUCCUGGGAGGAAUGGGCUCUCCUUGAUGAGGCUCAGAGAUGCCUGUACCACGAUGUGAUGCUGGAGAAUUUUGCACUUACAUCUUCCUUGGGCUGUUGGCAUGGAGUAGAAGAUAAGGAAGCACCUUCUCAACAGAGCAUUUCUGUAGAUGGAGUGUCACAGAUCUGGAUUCUCAAGGCAGGUUCAUCUCCCCAGAAGGCCCAGCCCUUUGAGAUGUGUGGCCCAAUCUUAGGAGAUACUUUGCACUUGCCUGAGCACCAGGGAACACAUCUUGGGCAGAAACCAUACACGUGUGGGAAUCGAUUCUAUUUCUCUGCCAACCUUCAACAGUAUCAGGGGCAGCACAUUGGAGAGAUACCCAUCAGAAGUUCUGUGGACAGAGCCUUGUUUAUAAAGAGCCACACAACCCAUGUGUCAGGGAAAUCCUUUUCCUGUAGGGAGAUAGGGAAAGACUUCUUAGCCAGCACGAGAUUUUUCCAUCAACCAGUCACUCACACUGAAGAGAACCCAAACAACAAUAAUGAGUGUGAGGCUGUCUUUCACAGUGGAAAAAUGCACCACAACUGGGGAGAAGGCAGGAAAGCCUUUAGCUGCACAGACACACUUGUUGAGGACCAAGGAGUCCACACUAGAGAAGGGCUUUAUAAUUGCAGCAAAUGUGGAAAAGCCUGUACCCGAAGAUGGAACCUCAUUCAGCACCAGAAAGUCCACACUGGAGAAAGGCCUUAUAAAUGCCAUGAAUGUGGGAAAUCCUUUACCCAAAGCUACAGCCUCAAUAGCCAUAGGAAAGCUCACACUGGAGAAAAACUUUAUGAAUACAGGGAAUGUGGAAAAUCUUUUAGUCAAAGAUCCAAACUCAUUCAGCAUCAGAGAGGUCACCCUGGAGAACGGCUUCAUCAGUGUGAUGAAUGUGGAAAAUCCUUUAGCCGAAGCUCCACUCUCAUUCACCACAGGAGACUUCAUACUGGAGAAAGACCUUACGAGUGCAGUAAAUGUGGGAAAUCCUUUAAGCAAAGCUCCAGCCUCAGUUCACAUCGGAAAGUCCACACAGGAGAAAGGCCUUAUGAGUGUCAGGAGUGUGGAAAAUCAUUUAGCUGCAAAUCUAACCUCAUUAUCCACCUGAGAGUUCACACUGGAGAAAAGCCUUAUGAGUGUCAGGAAUGUGGAAAAUCCUUUAGCUGCAAAUCUAACCUCAUUAACCACCUGAGAGUUCACACUGGAGAAAGGCCUUAUGAUUGUGGAGAGUGUGGAAAAUCCUUUAGUCAAAGAUCCAUCCUCAUUCAACAUCAGAGAAUUCAUACUGGAGAAAGGCCUUAUGAAUGCCAUGAAUGUGGGAAAUCUUUUAGCCGAAAGUUUAGUCUCGUUUACCACCAGAGAGUUCACACUGGAGAACGCCCUCAUAAGUGAAGAGAAUGUAGGAAAUGUUUUAGCUGCAAAUCUAACCUCGUUGAACACCUGAGAAUUCACACUGGAGAAAGGCCUUGUGAGUGUGGGGACUGUGGAAAAUCCUUUAGCCAAAGUUCCAGCCUCAUUCAACAUUAGAGAGUUCACAGUGGAAGAUGUCUUACAAGUGCAGUGAAUGCAGGUAAUCUGUUAGCUGCUAAUCUGAUCUCAUUCAAUACCAGAGCCUUCAGACUAGUGAAGUGCCGUAGAUAUGCUGGGAUGUACAGUUUACUUCUAAUAUAAUUACGCUGGAGGAGAGAAGUUGUGAGGGAGCCAUCUGCCUGAAUUAAAGCCCAUAUAUCCGAAAGUCUGCAGUGGGGAGAUUUCCCUAAAGUUCCAGGUAUGUGAGAAUCUUUAAGGAACUGUGUUAUAAUUUCUUACCUGCCCAGGACCCUUGCUAGCUUUAUGUUAGUGCCAUCUAUGGAAGAAUUCAUUUCACCUCUAUCACCUGGGAAGUCCACAGUGUGCAAAAGUUACCUCCCAACAUACUCAGGGAAGCUGACCUCUGUCCCAUCCCCAUUUGCGGGGGAAGUGAUGAGUAGUCUUAGCUCUUAUGGGGUCCUCAUUCCCUUCUCAUUUCCAAAGUAGGGUGUGGACCCGACCUAGUCUGGGCCCAGUGGACCCUCUCUGAGUUCCAUUGGUGACUUGUCAGGAAGCACUGCAUUUUCAGGGACACGUUAGUUUCUGGUGACACUUCUCUUGGAUUUUCCCAGCCUCUGAGUUACCAAGCUGGGAACUGCAUGUCUCCUAUUGCUCUGCAUUUUGUAAUAAUAAAGAUAUUAGUGUUUAAGCCACCUUUGGUCUUGGGGUUCUAUUCACUCUGUGAGGU